AUGCAAACCGAUUCACUCAACUUUGCUAAUUCAUUCAACUUUGCUGAUUUACCUACUCCACUUCAAAAUAUUCUUCCAUCAAAUCAUACUUAUAAAAUAAAAGGUUAUACUGAAUUAGAACCAAUUGUUACAUCUGAAAAA